AUGUGCUCUGCUGGACAUCACCAAUCGCUCACGUGGCGAUCGAGUUGCUAUCCCGACGACGAUGAGGAGGAGGAUGCCGCCCCGCAACAGACGCGCAAGUUCGCGGUUCCCGAGGAGAUCCCCGCGGCGCCUCAGGGGCUGUUCGGGCUCGUGAAGCUUCCCUUCGCCGGGCUGAUUCGCGGGCGCCCCGCGGACCGCAAGACGGUGUUCGUGGCGGGCGCGACGGGGCUGACGGGCGCGCGCGUGGUGGUGGAGCUGCUGUCCGCGGGCCUGAGCGUGCGCGCGGGCGUGGAGGAUCUCAGCGACGCGCAGCAGCUCGCGGAGCUCGCCGCCAAGUACAAGGUGAUCACGGGCGAGGAGGCGAAGCGCCUCAACUUCGUCGAGUAUUCCGCCAGCGACUCGGAGUUCACCGCCAAGUCCAUCGCUAACGCGGGCACCGUUGUAGUCACGCUCGGCGCCGGCGAAAACGGCCCCAGCGGCAAUCUCGAGAUCGACGAGGCGCUCUCCCUGGCGCGCGCCGCGAUCCUCGCGAACGCGCCGGCGUUCGUGCUCGUCUCCGACUUCGCCGCCGCGCCCGCCGGCGUCGCGGUGAAGGACAAGAAGAGCGGCGGCGGCGGCGGCGGCGGGCUGAUUGCGGCGAUCCUGAAUUUCUUCCGAUCGCUGGCGGGGAAGAAAGGCGAAUCGGCGUCGUACAGCGCCGUGUUGACGGAGCUUGUGGAGGCUGACUCGCUUGAGUACACCGUGCUGCGCGUGGGGAAAUUCGAGGCGGACUCUAGCGCGUACAGGACGAACCUGGUGGUCGGGGAGGAGGGCAGCAUCGCCGCAGGCUCGCUCGCCCGCGUGCAGGUGGCGCAGGUCAUCGCAGCCAUUGCCGCCAACCCUGGACUCGCAGCUAACAAGGUGGUGGACCUCGUCGCAUCUGCUGAUGCUGAAGCUGCUGAUAUUGCAGAGCUGCUCGCUGAGGUCCCUGAGGACCCGCGCCGGGCCAAGAAGAAGGAGGCAGCAGAGAGGGCAGCAGCGGAGGAGCAGGAGAAGCAGCUGCGCCUGCUGGCGUCGGCAGAGGCGGAGGCAGCAGCAGAGGAGGCCAGGCGCGCUGCUGAGAGCGCUGCUGCUCUUGAGGCCCAGGCCAAGGCCCUGGCUGCCGAAGAGGCACGUGCGGCGGCAGCAGCAGCCAAGGCAGCAGCGCGUGCGCAAGCCGCUUCCACCGCUGUCUCAAGCAUUGAAAGCAACCUCAAAGAAGCUGGCGCCUCCAUCCCUCCGCCCUCCGCCAAACCCGCCGCUGCAGCUGCUGCUGCCCCUGCUGCUGCAUUCUCCGCCCCGUCCCUCCCAUCCUUCGCGCCGAGCCGAGCGGAGCGGGAACACCAAGGGGCGCAGCCGGAGCCUGCGCAUUCACUUGCGCCGAUGCGUGAGCUGGAGCGGCGGGAGCCUGGGAGCUUCCAAGAUUCUGUGCGCCAUUCAGGGCAUUGCGCAUCGCCGCAGCUAGCAUCCCCGGGAAAUCCUCGCGAAACUGCUGCAUCUCGCUCGGCCCACCGCUCCCGCGACCGUGCCCUCCCCACCAGCCACCGCGGCCCCCGCGGUGCACCGAGCGAUACGACGACGAGGGGCGACGGCGAGGAGAACCGCGCCCCCAAUGCGCAGCCGCAUUGCCCCCUGCGGCACCGCGCAUCUGAGACUCCGCGAGACGCUGCGCGACGGGAUGUACCGGCGCAGCUGCAGGGGCCACCUGGAGGGCAGGGUCGGGGCCGGCGCCCGCCGCUGUCCCCAGCGUGGGGCCCCCGGCGUCUGCCUGGCCAGCCUGGCCAGUCGGCGGCGCCACAGGCGACGGCUGCGCAACGGGAACCGGCGCGCCGAUCGCGGGAACAACGUGGGGAAGGCUUAGCGGGGGAGCUGGCGCCGGCGGGAUUAGAGCCGGGGACGGCGCAACAGCGACAGGAGGAGCCGGGGGGGGCAGGGGAGCAGCAGCGGCAACUUGAGCAGCAACAGGAGUUGGAGACGGGGCAAUCGCGCUCUCAGCGGUGUGACCUUGGUCCACCGCUGACUUCUCCAAUUCAGUCGCCAUCACGGCGAACGCGCCGGCAGCAGGCGAUCGAGGAUGCACGGACGCGGCGAGACGGGGGAAUAGGCAGUAUCGGAAUUCCGCAACUGGCAGCGGCCAGUGCGCGGGCUCGGGGGGGCAGAGGCGGAGGUCGCGGACGUGGCAGAAGCACUCGGGAAGGAGGCCCGGAGAACGCGUUCUAG